AUGCCCACCCUAGACGCCAGUGAGCCCGAGGCCGACCGCAGAGCGUCGCCGGCCCACGCGCCGCCCGUCGUCCGUCGCAGCGCCCUGGGCUGCACCAAACUGCGAGACAGCUGCCACAACUGUGCCACCUCCAAGAUCAAAUGUCCGAAAGAAAAGCCCUCGUGCUCCAAGUGCGAAGCUCGAGGCAUCGAGUGCCAGUACUUCUUUGCCAGGCGCCCGGGACGUCGACGCGAGGACGGCUCCGGGCACCCGACUAGCUGUACCAGCAACAACCGCAACAGUAACAGCAGCAGCAGCAGCAGCAACAGCAGCAGCGGCAACUCCUCCUCCUCCUCCUCAUCCUCAUCCUCCCCGUCGAAUCCAAAGUCCAUUCCAGACAAGGACACUCACAGCGCCCUCUCCCUGGCUGGUGACAAAAUCGAGGUCGUCGGGCUUUCCCCCCAAGAUGGAUACGCGGCGAACGGGACAGCCCCCUCCACCAAUUCAACUGCGAGCAACGGCUUCCUCAAUACACCGGAGAGCUUGAUGAUAGAAGCGACGCUGACGACCGAUAAUGUUCUGGGCAAAUAUUCAUCGGACUUCUCUUCCGUGCUGGCGGACUCGACUAUGUUUCAUUCGCUUUCUGAUUUUGACCCCGACCCCAACGACAUGGACUUCAGCAUGACGGAUUACUUUGAACAUCCCUCCAUCGACGGCGACGGUGCCUCCCGUAGUUUGAAUGAUAUCGGAUCGCUUCUCAUACCGGACACCACCAGUUUUGGCCUGGCCGCGUUGGAGUCUCACGACCCUCUGAGUGCUUCGUUCGCGGUGUCGUCUUGGGCACCCUCGCUUGCCUCAAGCGUUCCCACGUCGUCCACUACAGACCCUAAUACGAUGAUGAUGAUGCGCGCGCCCACCCCCGACAUAUCCUGUGACUGUGAGGCCCAGGCUCUCGAUCUGUUAAAGACGCUGUCGUCGGCUCAGUCGUCCCCCACCUCCUCGAUUUCCGGCGCGGCUCUGGCGCUCUCGUCAAGCAUGACCGCUAUGGGCUCUGCGCAGGCUGUAUUGAUAGAGAAUAAGCGACACAUUGAGACAGUAAGCAGCCUGCUCUCAUGCUCUUCGUGCACGGAGGACGCCUUCUGGCUUGUAAUCGUUUCCAUGAUCGUGCUCAAGAUCCUGGAGCGCUACGCCUCUGCGGCACGGAUCCAGGUCUUCGGCUCAAGGGCAAGCAGCGUGGAGAAUGACAUGGGACCGAGGUCAGCAAACAGCAUGAUCUCAAGCAGCAAGGACCAGAUGAGGGCGCUGAGCCGCACAUACACCAUGCCCCGGGAUGACAGCGCCAGUGGUUACGCCCCCGCUCGGCUGGUCCUCGGCGAACUGCACCGGGUGCAACGAUUAGUGAAUCGGCUGUCGCCAAAGCUAAGAGGACGUAGGGAAGGCGAUGCUCGAGGCAUGGAGCACGCAAUUUGGGGCCGUCUCCAGGUAGCAAAUGAAAAUGACAAAACGCAAUCCACCCCGUUUUCUUCGAAUACGUUGGCUCAGAUGGAGAGCGAUAUGCGGAACAGCCUCAGUUCCUUGUCUGCGGAUAUCAUCAACAGACUUCGACAGAAUUAG